GCGGCCUCGUCACAGCCUCACCUUCGCCACCUUCAAAGCAUUACAAAGGACGACGGCGACCCAAAAAGCGUCGAGAUUGGUUCUUGGAGCGGAAAUCCCGCAUGCGAUUGAGCUCCUCCUAGAGCCGGUCGUGCCGCCAUGUGGGAGUCGCUCAACCUGUGCCACUUCCCGAGAAGUGUUUUGGAAAGAUGGUUAUUCGUAUGAUUAUUCGAAUGCUGAGUGCUGCCACCAGCCCCUUCACUCUCCUCGCCGCUCCGCUCUCUUUUCGCCUCAAGACCCACCUCGCGUUCCGCCCGAUAAGGCCGCCGCCUCCGCCGUCUCGUCCCGUCUCCGCCGCUGCUCCGUGUGGUGGUUUCGGCUCGCCGGGCCGUUCGAGGAGGAGCUUCCGCGGCGGGGUGGUGGCCACGGCCGCGCCCGGGUCGGUCCAGAAGUCGGAGGAGUGGCAAGCGGUCCUGUCGCCCGAGCAGUUCCGUAUCCUGAGGCAGAAGGGGACGGAAUAUCCUGGCACGGGUGAAUACGACAAGUUUGAAGAGGGGUUGUACAAUUGUGCAGCAUGCGGGACUCCUCUUUACCGUUCUACAACUAAAUUUAACUCUAGCUGCGGCUGGCCUGCUUUCUACGAGGGCCUCCCGGGAGCUAUAACCUGCACUGUGAAUCUCUCUUUGUAUCAAUUAAACGUGUGGUCACAGUCGGAUCCAGAUGGGAUGAGGACGGAAAUCACUUGCACUGCAUGUGGCGGCCAUCUGGGUCACGUGUUCAAGGGCGAAGGGUUCCCCACACCGACUGAUGACCGGCAUUGUGUCAAUAGUAUUUCACUCAAGUUCGUUCUUGCCAACUCUUAUCCUUCCCAGUAAACUUCUGCAACUAGACUGGUCGGUCGAUCACCAGACGCGACCUUCAACUGCUGCUGUUAUCUGAGAUUGUUUGCUUCCAAUUUCUGCACUAUGUACAAUAAGCUUCCCAUAAAUCUUCCCAAUCUGGAUUGAACUUGGAUA